GUCGAAGGCAGAAAUGAGGCACACCUGCCGCGGCACCAUCAACCUGGCCACGGCCAACAUUACCGUGGAGGACUCCUGCAACUUCAUCAUCUCCAAUGGGGGUGCGCAGACCUAUCACCUGAAGGCCAGCUCAGAGGUGGAACGGCAGCGCUGGGUGACGGCCCUCGAGCUGGCCAAGGCCAAGGCUGUGAAGAUGCUGGCAGAGUCAGAUGAGUCAGGAGAUGAGGAGUCCGUCUCCCAAACCGACAAGACCGAGCUGCAGAACACCCUGCGGACCCUGUCCAGCAAGGUGGAGGACCUGAGCACGUGCAAUGACCUGAUAGCCAAGCACGGCACAGCCCUGCAGCGCUCCCUCAGCGAGCUGGAGUCCCUCAAGCUGCCGGCUGAGAGCAACGAGAAGAUCAAGCAGGUCAACGAACGGGCCACGCUGUUCAGGAUAACGUCCAACGCCAUGAUCAACGCCUGCAGAGACUUCCUCGUGUUGGCCCAGACCCACAGUAAGAAGUGGCAGAAGUCACUGCAGUACGAGCGAGACCAGCGGAUCCGGCUGGAGGAGACCCUGGAGCAGCUGGCGAAGCAGCACAACCACCUGGAGCGGGCCUUCCGCGGGGCCACGGUGCUGCCAGCCAGCACCCCCGGCAGCACUGGGCCCGGGAAAGAUCAGGGCUGUGCUGGCAAAGGGGACAUGAGCGAUGAAGAUGACGAGAAUGAAUUCUUCGAUGCCCCGGAGAUCAUCACCAUGCCUGAAAGUCUGGGCCACAAACGCACCGGCAGCAACAUCAGCGGAGCCAGCAGUGACAUCAGCCUCGAUGAGCAGUACAAGCACCAGCUGGAGGAGACCAAGAAGGAGAAGAGAACCCGCAUCCCGUACAAGCCCAACUACAGCCUCAACCUGUGGAGCAUCAUGAAGAACUGCAUUGGGAAGGAACUCUCGAAGAUCCCCAUGCCGGUGAACUUUAAUGAGCCCUUGUCCAUGCUUCAGCGCCUUACUGAAGAUCUGGAAUACCACGAGCUGCUAGACCGAGCUGCAAAAUGCGAGAACUCUCUAGAACAGCUCUGUUAUGUUGCAGCUUUCACCGUGUCCUCCUACUCCACCACUGUCUUCCGUACCAGCAAGCCAUUCAACCCGCUCCUCGGGGAGACCUUCGAGCUGGACCGGCUGGAGGAGAACGGGUACCGGUCCCUCUGCGAGCAGGUGAGUCACCAUCCCCCUGCUGCCGCACACCACGCGGAGUCCAAACACGGCUGGACGCUGCGUCAGGAGAUCAAGAUCACCAGCAAGUUCCGAGGCAAAUACCUCUCCAUCAUGCCUCUCGGUACCAUCCACUGCAUUUUCCAUGCCACUGGGCACCACUACACCUGGAAGAAAGUUACCACCACAGUGCACAACAUCAUCGUGGGCAAGCUGUGGAUAGAUCAGUCUGGUGAAAUUGAUAUUGUAAAUCACAAGACAGGAGACAAGUGUAAUCUUAAAUUUGUUCCUUAUAGCUACUUCUCUCGGGACGUAGCAAGAAAGGUGACAGGGGAAGUGACCGAUCCAUCAGGAAAAGUCCACUUUGCCCUUUUGGGGACCUGGGAUGAGAAAAUGGAUUGUUUCAAAGUACAGCCAGCUGCGGGCGAGAAUGGGGGUGACGCCCGGCAGAGAGGCCACGAAGCCGAGGAGAGCAAGGUCAUGCUGUGGAAACGGAACCCCCUGCCGAAGAAUGCAGAAAACAUGUACUACUUUUCAGAGCUCGCGCUCACCCUCAACGCCUGGGAAGCGGGCACGGCGCCCACAGACAGCCGGCUGCGGCCUGACCAGAGGCUGAUGGAGAACGGGCGCUGGGACGAGGCCAACGCCGAGAAGCAGCGCCUGGAGGAGAAGCAGCGGCUGUCGCGGAAGAAGCGCGAGGCGGAGGCCGCGAAGGCCACGGAGGAUGGCGUGCCGCAUGACCCCUACAAGGCGCUGUGGUUUGAGCGCAGGAAGGACCCGGUCACCAAGGAGCUCACCCACAUCUACAGGGGCGAGUACUGGGAGUGCAAGGAGAAGCAGGACUGGAGCGCGUGCCCGGACAUCUUCUGACCGCCCGAGGGGCCCACAGAGUGGACGGAGGAGAGGACGGCACGGCGGGGAGCUGUCACCGGCCUCCCUCAGGUUUGUCUUCUUAACCAAUCACUUCGUCCAAAUCAAUCACCCAAGCCGCGGUGGUGAUUGGCUGGUGGCCUUAGAUGACUGACUCAAGUCCACGCCCGGAUGCCGUGCUUGCGAGGGAGGUUCCCACCUGCAGUCCGGUCCGCUCCCUUCCUCCCGGCAGUGGCCUCGGCCGCCCCUUGUCGCAGCCUGUUCGGCCAGGGUCUGCGGAAGAUUGGGAUUCGCAGGCGUUUUGGUGCUGUCCAGAGCAAGAACUGAUUUGCAAAUACCUUGAGAAAGACACGAGGACUGAAACUAUGAGGCGCUGAGAGCAGCUGCUUGGGUCACAUCGACAAGGGUGCGCCCCCGGCCCGCUCCUGGGCGGGCGCUGAGCUGUCCAGCACCUGGAGACGGUGGGGCUGGAAGGUUCGGUCCCACUCUCGGAGCUUUCCGCCCGCCUGCUCUUCGUCAGCGUUCCGGCAGCAGCUGGUGGCCACCGCUGUGGCUGCUGAGCGGGCUGCGUGCGCUCCCUGGGCCCUGGAGAGUGGAAGGCGCCGGCGAGCUCCUCCCGGCCCGCCUCGCCCUUCGCUCCUCCCUGCACAGCGCCGUCUGCGCCCCGCUGGGCUGCGCUGCCUGUCCUGUCCCGGUGUCCUUCAGGAUUGGAGAGAACUCCACUGAACCAAUGUUUCCACCAUCUCCCAAGCCCCACGGACUGGAGCCGCCUCUGGAAUAAUGUGUUAAUACCUGUAUAUUAUAUAUAUGUAGAGAAAAAUCUAAUUUUUUGUUUGGUCCCCUGCUUCCCGUUAAGAGUCUUGGUUUUGAUAGCCUGAUCUCCCGGGAUUCUGGCCGUGUGAAUGUGGAGGGCCCGGUCGGAUGCGAGUGUCACGUCCGGCUGGUACCGAGCAGGACCUCGUCCGCAGUCUGUAGCCUGGGCCGCCCCAGCUGCCGAAGUUCUGCCCCUCCUGGUUCGCCCACUCAGAUGAAAUCCCACCUUCCCUCCUGCCUCUUCUCGCCUGUUAGGAAGAAUGUAGGGAGAGAGUUGGAGGGUGAUUGCCAGCAGCAGGCUGAAGCCCAGAGGACUCCUUCCUCGGAGGUGGGCGGGUCGCAGAGCCGCCCUGCUGGGCCCUGGCUUCCUUCCUUCCCUUGCGGUGUGUGUUGUAGUUUGUUCAGAAGUCGCCCCCAGGCGACCCGCCCUGGGUUGAGGGUCACAAAUUGAGGUGCCUUCCUUGUAUGCUUUUUGUUAGUGUUUUUUGUUUUUGUUCCUUGACUGCUGAGCCUCAGCCAGUGUGCGUCCAGGGAAAUCUAUCAUUCCAGAGGAAGCCACCCCUCCAGGGAAGUCAGAUCUGACUGGGUAAAUAGUACUUGCCCUCCUUCCGCGCUCCGGCCACGAUGAACAGGAGGAAAGGGUGAUGUCGGGAGUUUCUCCCGAGAUCCCUCCCCCAGCACAAGCUAGGGCUGAUGUCGGGGCCCCCUUGGGGGCCUCGGGCGGAGCGGAGCCCCUGCUGCACGCCCGCUUUCUUCCUCACCGUCUGCACUACAUUUCUGCCACCCCCGCCCCUGCUAAUGGAAGAAGCAUAGCGCCUUCAGGUGGAAUAAAGUCACAUCAAACAGAACUAUA